CGCACGCAGCGUAAGGGCACUUUGAGGCUUUGGGGGCUCUUCUUUUUUUUUUCUUUCACCCCCACCCCCUCCCCUCGUUUUCGUCGUCUGCGGAGCUCCAAAUUGCUCACCCAGGGAUCCUCUCUCCUUUCUCCAGAUGACAUCAGUCGCUCGUCAGGAAGUCCUUGGCCUUUACCGCAAAAUAUUUCGAAUAGCCAAAACAUGGCAGUCAGCAUCUGGGCAGAUGAAAGAGACGGAGAAAGAGAAACAGUACAUUAUCAGCGAAGCUAAAACGUUGUUCCGAAAAAAUCGAACUCUAGCAGAUCCUGAGCAGAUUAAACAAUGCGUGGAAGAGUGCAAGGCGAGAAUAGAGCUAGGACUUCAUUAUCACAAUCCGUAUCCAAGGCCGAUUCAUUUGCCACCCAUGGGCCUCGCACUGCCACGAGCCCGGGCUUUUCGACACCAGGAGAAGCUAAGGAAGAUCUCUAAACCCGUUUAUUUGAAAUCUCAGGAUGAAAUUUCAUAGCCCCUGAUCCAGCUGCAGGUUGAUAUUGUCUUAAGACUACCUGACCGAUGCACUUGGCAUGCAUGACUCCAGGUGAAAAGGAAAUUGGUACGGUUACCACCGGGUGAUUUUUUGUUUUGUUUCCAAGGUCGGGAAUCCACUUGGUCCCAAGGAGAGAUGACAAGGAGGCGCUAAACCUGCCUUGUGUGAAAGAAAGCAGCAUUGUGGGAAAAUAAAAAUAUGUGGUA